AUGCAGGAUCACGAACUCGAGGUGACGACGCCACCCGAAGACGUCGCCAACCAAGGGGGACCGGACCGUUUUCUGGCGCUCUCCUCGCAUAAAUCAUUGGUUGUGCACGACCGAUCGGGUCUACGUCUCUCUUUCGCCGGCCUUCUGCCGAUUACGACGGGCGACAAUGGGGAGCCACGCAUCUGGGGCGCCAGCAUUAUACUGAAUAGUGCCGAGCUCGGUGAGUCAUCGGCAGGCACGUUCACUUCGCAUUUAAACGCUCAGAAUUCCCCGAAAUCAACUUCAAACUCCGGGCGACGGCCUAUAAGUCGAUGAAGGCGCGUUUGACAUGCAAUCAUAGCAAAGGAAGUGUCAAAAAAGGGGAUGUGGUUGUGAUAUCUGUAAUUGAAUUCGGCGUCUAACGCAGAAAAAUGCUCGUUUUCUUCAGUUCCGACUUCCGGAGACUUCCAUCGGAUCCACCCAUUUGACUCUUCUGAUUGACGGAAGUCCGUACGAAGUCCCGCUUUUCAAGAUCCCCAAGUCUGACUAUUACUGGAUCGGAAAAAAUACCAAUGGUCCGGACUACAGUCAAAUAUCUCGAAAACAUUGUCGUUUCAGUGCCAGCUUCUAGUCAGUUCCACGACAAUCGUCGUAUUUCUGCAAGUCCAAAGAUGGAAUCCACCCCACAUAACAUCUCGCCAGGGCGUUUCGAGCAACUUCCGGAAGGACUGAAGACGUUUCUCUCGGGGGGAAACGGUCUGCAAUCCGUGUGCACACUACUUCAUCCACAUGCCGUUUCCCUAUUCCACGACCUAUCCGCUAUCAAAAAUAACAAGUUCGAAAUGUGCGGACUGACGGACAGUGAGAAUGUGACCGAUGUGAUCGGCAAUGAGAUUGUGCGAAGAUUCCACGAUGCGAAUCGCCAGAAAUUCGCAACCACGCCGGCGAUGAUGCUGAAAGAAGGCGCUGUGUAA